GAGGGAGGGAGGAGGAGAGAAUCUCUGAGCCUGCAAUGAAAAUAAAAUAAAAAAUCCUAUUUUGAUCGCUUCUCCCGGAACCCGAUAAAGGAUAGUCACUGGAAAGGAGGAGAAGGCAAUCAACGGAGACACAGGGAGGUGGAAAAGGCAGAGAAUCAAAAGACCAGAUGCGGACAAAUUUCCUGUCACUGUUGUUCUUAGAAGGUCGUUCGUUCUUGUGAGAGAUUUUUCCUCUAUCUCGGAUCUCUCUCUCUCGUCUACCUUUCCUUGUGGCCCAGGGACUCGAAAUCACUCGAUCCGCGGCUGCGCCCGGUGCCUAUGGCCAAUUCCAGCCGCGGCCGGCGCUCGAACGGGCGGGGCACUUGGAGAUUUGGCGUUUUCCAUGGCGGAAGGCCUGCGGCCGCUUGAAUUCUCGGUGUUCCGCGUCCUGAUGCUGAAUCCGCUUCAGCAAUGUUCGCAAGCUGGACGGGGAGGACAGGUGAUGUGGGCUGAGGGUGCCGAAGCCUGAAGUUCAAUUAAAUUUGGAAAUUAUACUUCCUUCUGCACUGCCUGCUACAAAAUCUUCAGUUAAUUGCUGCAGCGAUGUCGAACAAUUCUGCAAUCAGCAUUUGAUGGGAUUCACAUCAAUGUGGCUACAGUCUGUUGCUAAUACGAUUGAAAUGGCGACAAAAGUGCAGAGUAAAAAUUACCUUCCAGGGUAUCAUUCCAUGCAGGAUAUUAAGGAGGAUGCACCAAGUAGUUGGUCUAGUUAUUAUAAGGACAAAAAGUUUAGCGAUCAUCUCUACAACACUUACGUGUCAAGGUUGACAAAUGGACACUUAGAAGAUGAUAAAGAAAUGAUAAAGCGGAUGAUGCUUGAACAUGAAGCUAUAUUUAGGAAGCAGGUCUACGAGCUCCAUCGUCUUUAUAGAAUACAGAAAGACCUGAUGACUGAGAUUCAAACUAGAGGGUUUUAUGGAUCAUCCAUACCGGCAGAAGCCUCACUAUCAAGUUCUCUUUCAUCUCAAAUGUGUUCUGAGUGUACCCAAAAGAUACCACAGAUGUCUCACCUUACUGUAGGAAACACCAGUCAUGGAAAGACACAUUUUUCAGGCAAUGGGAGGUCCCACUUCAGUGUCACAAGGGAAGGUAGCACUCAAUCUGAUCAGAUCCCAUUAGACAAUGGAGUUUUACUAAAGGACAGCAAGGCACCUGACCACAAACCUCAAAAGAAAAGAACGUUUGACCUUCAACUUCCAGCUGAUGUAUAUAUAGACGUUGAAGAUACUGAUGGAGCCGGGCAGAUGAGUACUGUUGAGUCAUCACAUAGUGCUAGUAUUUUCAAGAACAGGAAUUGCUUUCUCUAUGAGAAUGAUGUGAAGCUCACUCUAGGGAGUGCUCGCACAGAAGAACAUCAGAUCCCAAAUUCACCAACACAAGUUGGUAUAUCAGCCUGCAGCACAGUUGAUCUAAAUAAACCUACAACAGAAAUAUGUUGUGAAAGUCCAGAAAAUUCGGCUUCUGUUCAAUUAUUUGGCUUGAAGUCUCGCAGCGAACGGAAUCAAGGGAACCAUCCAUCUACAAAAUCGAAGACUAGUUUUGUUGAGAGGCAUGGCAAACAACAGACUACUUCUGACCUCUUGUAUACGGAUGGACAUACAAAAAGAGAAUGGCCAGUUUUCAAUCAUGAACCUGAAAAAAAUAGGAGCACUCUGGAUUAUUUUGCUCAGGUUCCAACAUCAUCUGAAACAUUACAAGUGAACACUAAGAAACGUCACAAUUUCUUUACAUUUGACCAUAAUAAUCCAGAAACACAGUCUAGACAAGAGCCAACUCACAAUAUCCAUACAUGUCCGAGAGUGCCUCAUUUUGCCUGCUCAAAUCCAUCUCUGAUGUCUCCCUCGAUGCCUUCUACAAUCACAACUCCCCAGGCCGAUUUAAUCAGUUGUGCAUCUUCAUUUGUUUCAUCUUGGAGAAAACCUGUUACCAGCAUAAACAACACCCCGGUUGCGGUUCGAGCUCUUCCAUGCUUCAGUGGGUCAUCAAACUUCAGUAAUGAGAGCUUGAGUUCCAAGAUAGAUGUCACUAGUCAAAAGCGGCAAAGUCGUAGGAACCUGGCCACAAGCCUAGGUUCUGGUGUUAGGGUGCCUCACAAAAAUGGAUUUCACCAUGGUCUUCACCUGGAUUGUAAUUCUGCACCACAUACAGAAGUUGCAUUUUGUAAGCCAUAUCAGAUUGAUGACAGUCACAGAGAUCUUCAUGAUCAUUUACCUAGAGACUACGUAAAGUGUUACCAAAGCAGGGAUUUGAAAGUCCCGAUAAACCUGAACCUGAAUCAAGCGUUUCCAAGUGGUACUGAAGAUAGGCUUACUCUCAGACAAGAAACAGUUAUUUAUGUUGAUGAUAAAAUGCCAGGGGAUCCAUCAUGUCUCAGAAACAAAGCAUCUUCCAAUGAGUCUGUUAACUUGAAGAAACAUGACUACAGAGAAGAUUGUCAGCUCACUUCCAGCUCCAAUGUUGCUUCUGAAAUCCAGAAGAAAGAGGAGUUAGAAUUUUCUGUAUGUAACCUACAGGAAGUUGCAUCAACUUCACAGUUUCAGUAUCACGGAAUGCAGGGAAACUUCGUUUCUGGUAACAAUGGGAAAAGACUUCUUGGUUUUCCUAUUCAUGAUACAAUUCAGCAAAGCGGCAUAUCUGUUUCUAUCCAACAAAUGGAAAAACAUUUUACUGACAAUACUAAGAUUCUGAAGAAUGAUAUCAUUGACUUGACUUGUGAUGCAAAAGCGGUGAAUUCACAGGAAAAAUUCCACAAUAGUGAUUCGGUCACCGAAAUGUGUGGCAGAAACAGAGGUGCAAACUUAAGGAAACACAUUAAUCUUAAUGUUGAAUUUUCAUGUACAGAUGAUCCUAUAUUUCUGGAGGUAUCACCUCAAGAUGAACUAGAGGUUCAGUCAUCAAACUCUAUUCCAACUUUAGCUGCUAAAAUUGACAUUGAUUUUGAAGCACCCAUUUCCCAGGUUGAAAUGGCUACCGUAAGUCCGCAUAAAUACAUCCCGUCAAGCAAGAAAGAUGUCUUGAAGGAAAAGGUCUCUUCCAGUGGUAUACUUGAUAGACUGGCUGCAGAGAAUUUAGUUGCCAUGUCACUUGAAUGCAAUGGCCACCCAGAUGAAAUCAAUUCUCACCUGCCAUCUCUGCCUCGAUUUGACACCUUGUGUUGGUUUGCUGACGUAUCCUGCAACGCAGAAAAGCGAGAGCAUUUGGGUGAUGAGGGAGAUGAUGGUACUCAAUUUUUUGAUGAUGAUGGUCUGGAUCUCUUUGAGGCCAUGACACUGAAGCUCCAGGAAACUAAGAUGGAUCAGUAUCGGUAUAGAUCAGAGGAUCUCGAGAGCAAAGAUGGGAAGGAAGACAAAAAAGAUUCAGGUGCAGCUUCACUGCUUUUCACAAGGGCUCGGCGUGGCCAGGCAAGAAAGAGGAGGCAGCGGCGGGACUUCCAGAAAGAUAUCCUGCCGGGUCUUGCAUCACUGUCAAGACACGAAAUAACAGAGGAUCUUCAAACUAUUGGAGGGAUGAUGAAAUUAUCAGGUAUGCAUUGGCAGACAGGUUUAACGAGACGAAACAUGGGUCGAAAUGGAGCAAACUCCCAAACGAAGGGAAGGAGGCAGCUCGAAAGCCCAGCCACCGCCACCGCCACCGAGGAGGUUCGAAUCAGCCUCCAUCCACCAUCACAACCCAGCAACUCUGAGAUAGGAGUGGAUGGAAGAAGCAUGAUUGGAUGGGGAAGGACGACAAGGCGAUGCCGUAGGCAGAGAUGCCUUCCUGGUGAUCUUUCUGCUCCUUUGACAUAGGAAGGAGCAUCAUAUUUGCUGUGCUUGUUUUAUAGAGGAAUUCAGACUAGUUUCUUAAUGGCACAGAUGGAAGAUGCUUGUUCAUGAAAUGUGGUUUCAUAUAUGUCUAUUGAUUCUGAUUUGCUCUUGGUCCUACUUAUAACAGCUUGUACAUUCCAUAAUAAAUGCUGCAUCAUACCACAUGAAACAGCCAAGAACAUGCAACUGAGGGACUAGAUUUGUUAGGAAGAUCCCAUGAAGCCUAUGCUUCUUUAUAGUAGGGAACACUUGAGAUGAAGUAAUGUUCUACCUCCCUCUUCUUUUAUUUGUUGCUGUUGCAAUGGUAUGUGUUCUAUGAACUUUGUGCUAAAAGAAAUGCUUUAUAAUUCCCAUUUUUUA